AUCCUUAACCGAGAGGUUCACCCACCUUUCUCUUUCUUUGUCUCUUUGUCAUACAUUUAGGCCCUGUCCCAAAUUGCACACUUGAUUUAAAGAUAUGUGGCCUUCAUGUGCCUGUGAAGUGUACCAUUUGUCAUUUUAAGUUUGUAGGGGGUGCUCAUGAGCGCAUCCUAUGUGCCUCUCCUUCUUCUGCCCUCAUGCCAUGGUUACCACAUUCUAGCUGGCACUGUAAAUGCUAUAUAAGUUCAUGAGCAUUUCUUUACAGGAUCUGCAGCUGGCGUGGAUAGAAGAUUGAUGUCUGACACAUUCACCAUAGGAAGAAGACACAUUUGUGUCUAAGCUUAUGGCAGUGGCCAAUGGCACAAUCAUAGAGGUGUCAUUUCUGUACCAGCAACUCUUUAAGAUAGACUUUGAUGCUGGCACUCAAACUAAAAUUUCAUUGGCUGUGCUUAUACCCCUGUUCUUCAUCUUUGUAAACUGUGUCAUGCUCUUUGCUUUAGGAAGCAAGUCUGUCUUUUAUGAAACUCCACGCUACAUUCUGUUUGGUCACAUGCUUAUAAAUGAUUCUGUACUUUUAUCGUUCACAACCAUCGUGUAUAUUCUGGGUUGUAUCCCAAUGCAAAUCACCAAAGCCUUGUGUGCUCUUUUAGUCUUUUUCUCCCACUGCACUUUCCGUAACUCUCCUUUGACACUCGCAGUGAUGUCUCUGGAGCGGUAUGUGGCUAUCUGCUUCCCUUUAAGACACUGCAACAUUGUCACACCAAGAAAGACCACCAUAAUUUUGGGAUUCAUAUGGAUCCUUAGCUCUCUGAAUAUUGCUAUAGAUAUAAUUUUACUAUUAAUUGUCAACCCCGGUAGCUUAUCAGAUAAUACAUUUUGCACGUAUGAGAAACUGUUUGUAGCGAAAUGGCAGAUGGAUAAAGCUCAAGGGUUUGAUAUUCUUUAUUUUGUGUCUGUUGCAGUAAUUAUUAUUUUUACUUACAUUAGCAUUAUGAUCACAGCCAGGUCUGUUACAUCUGAUAAAGAUUCUGCUAAGAAAGCCCUCAGGACAGUGCUAUUGCACCUGAUUCAACUUUGUCUGUGUCUCACCUCUUUUCUAUAUGCUACAAUAGUGAAAACACUGUACAUGAUGUCAGGUAACAAUACUUCUUUCUUUAUAAACCUCAGAUAUCUGAAUUAUAUUACUGUUCUUAUUCUACCACGCUGCUUGAGCCCUUUGAUCUAUGGUCUGAGAGACAUGGCCUUGUUGCCUUUAUUCAAAUAUUACUUCUGUUAUCGUUCAGGUAGAGCAAGACCCCGUGUUAAUGUACAUUAACUGAUCUGGAGACGUGUUAUAAUAUCAAAAAUUAUCUGUCUAAAUGGGGUUCAACAAUUUAUAUAGUUGUGUGUUAGCUGUAUGUGAUAAAUAUGUAAAUCAUAUUUAGAAAAUAGAAACCAAUACAUAAAAUGACACGUGCUAUUUGUACAAACCUGCUCUCCACCGAAGUAAAUGGGAAAUACUGGCCAUAUGCAAAGCUGGACUUUGACGUAUGCACUGCACGAUUUUGAAAAGUUAUUUAUACGCAAAUUAAUGAGACUUCAGUCCAGUAUUUACCUUUCAUGCUAGUUAAUGCAUAAGACGCUUGAUGCUUUGCUCAUAAGGAUCACAAAAGAUCACAAAGGCCUACAAGCUUUUUCAAAAAUGCUUACUUUGCAGUAAAUCUAAGUUAGCUGUUCACAUGCUAUAAGCUGAUGUUAAUACCACUAAUGUUGGUCUGUCAAUUUGUGAUUAAUUGAAAAUCAGUAAUAUUCUUCAAUAUUAAAUAAAUUAUAAUUAUUGUCUGUUUUGGGAAUGAGCGAUGAAGGCUGACCUCU